GGGAAGGUCGAGAGAAAGAGAGAGGGCGAAGAAAACAGGGCAAAACGGGGGCAACCGAAGAGGGCAAAAAGCAUGAGCGGCGGGUUUCUGAGGAGCGUCGGGCGGCGAGCCCACCAGCUUCUCCUCCUCCACUCCCGGCCUUCCCUCGCCGACGUUCUCUCCAAGCACUCGCCGUCGAUAGCCUGCGUCCGAUCCAACCUUCUCUCUUCUAAGUUUAAGGAGUCAUCGUCCCAGAUCUCCCCUGCUUCUCCUUCCCUCUUCUCCUCAUCUUAUUCCUCUCCCUCGGCCUCGGACGCUACUUCCUUCGCCCGGAAUGGGUUCGUGAGCUGGUAUUUGGGAAUGAUCGAAGCCCGCCCGGUUCUCACGAAGAGCCUCACCGCGGGGGCGAUUUUUAUGGCCGCGGAUGUCUCUUCUCAGAUGAUCACACUCCCACCCUCUGAUUCCCUUGAUUUAGUAAGAACCUUGCGUAUGGCUGGUUAUGGAACACUAGUUUCAGGACCCUCAUUGCAUUUAUGGUUCAAUUUUGUGUCAAGGAUACUGCCAAAACGAGAUGUGCCAGCUACUUUUAAGAAGAUAUUUCUUGGGCAAACUACAUAUGGGCCUAUAAUGACUGCAGUUUUCUACUCAGUAAAUGCAGGAUUACAAGGUGAAACUGUUGCUGAGAUCAUUGCCAGAUUGAAUAGAGACCUGAUCCCUACUUGUAAAAGUGGGCUUGUAUACUGGCCCAUAUGUGAUUUCAUCACUUUCAAAUUCAUCCCUGUUCGUCUACAGCCACUGGUAAGCAAUUCAUUCUCAUUUCUUUGGACCAUCUACAUCACAUACAUGGCAAGCUUGCAGAAGGCAAGUGUCUAAAGGAUCUCAACUGACUCAGUGCUGUAUGUGCUCUCAUCAUUUAUACCUUGUUCAUUUUUUCGCAAAUUGCCUGAAUGGCAUUGCCCAGAAAUAUGGUAUUGACACGAAGGGUGGAUUAGAUUCUUUACUUUGUGUGCAGCACAUUCUGAAAAAAUGGAUGUAUAUUGUAGCCUAGAGCGUUUUAAACGUGCUUGAUUAUUCUUGCCAUAAUUCUGUUAGAAAGUGCUGAGCACUGUCAAAACCUUUAUCUCUUAAACCAAUGAAAUAGUUAAUUAAGUGGCUCGGAGCCAUUUUUUUCAA